AUGGAGUGUCGUCUAUGGGGCAGCCUGGCCCUGGUCUGCAUCUGCUUCCUGGUCGUCAUGGGAGACGACGCUGACAAACAUGUCCCUUGGGACAAAGGGCAACCAAUCAGGCACAGUCCACCUUCACCCAAGACACCUCACGCCCAAGAAGUGAAAGUGAAACACGGGGAGGAUGUUCUUCCAGAUGCCAGCGGCAGGAGGUCUUCUCCACCGCUGGUCCCAGUGGAGAAGAAGGGACACACGCAAAUGAAGAGGGAUGGGGUGGAUCUGAAGGACCAUCUCAAGUUGGAAGAGGAGCAGGGGACCCUGUAUGUCGGGGCCGGAAAGAAUCAGUCAAUCACCAAUACGACCACCCCCACCACUACCUCCACCACUACAAAGACCCCCAACACUACCUCCACCACUACCACCACCCCCACAACUUCCUCCAACACCACGACCACCCCCAACACUACCUCCACCACUACCACCACCCCCACAACUUCCUCCAACACCACGAUCACCCCCAACACUACCUCCACCAAUACCUCCACCCCCACAACUUCCUCCACCAAUACCUCCACCCCCACAACUUCCUCCACCAAUACCUCCAACCCCAACACUACCUCCACCACUGUGACCAUCCCCACCACUACCACCACCACCACUACCACUACCACCACUACCACCCCACCCCCACAACUUCCUCCAACACCACGACCACCCCCAACACUACCUCCACCACUCCCACCACCCCCACAACUUCCUCCAACACCACGACCACCCCCAACACUACCUCCACCACUCCCACCACCCCCACAACUUCCUCCAACACCACGACCACCCCCAACACUACCUCCACCAAUACCUCCACCCCCACAACUUCCUCCACCAAUACCUCCAACCCCAACACUACCUCCACCACUGUGA